UGCUCGCUGAAAGUCUUUGUGGGUAUAUUACGAGCUAAUCAUCUCAGAAUGCAGUGUGCUGGCAAAGCACUGGAGGAGCUUCUGGUCUCCGCUAAAAGUCAGGAAUGUCUGACAGUUGGAGUGUAUGAGUCUGCAAAACUCAUGAAUGUUGAUCCAGACUGUGUGGCUUUCUGUGUUCUGGCAACUGACAAGGAGUAUAAAUGCGACAUCGCCCUGCAGAUCCACUUCACCUUAAUCCAGGCGUUCUGCUUUGAUAACGGCAUCGACAUUGUGAGAGUGAAUGACACACAGCGACUGGCUGAGAUUCUGGGCAACACUGAUGAGUCUAAAGAUGUGCAUUGCAUUCUUGUCACGAAUCCAAGUGAAGAUACAUUGGACGACCCUGCUCUGGAAAAGCUGAGCCUGUUCUGUGAAGAAAGCCGCAUCUUCAAUGAAUGGGUCCCUGCCAUAACACUCCCUGAGCGAUGAACUGAGACACGUCAACUCCUGUUGGGGUUGCUUAACCUUCAUUGAAUCAUCAUAAUGUGAUACAUGGGUGACCCGUCAAAUUCCCGAAAUCUGUGGAUUAUCCUAUUGAAUAAUCAGAUGAGGAAACGGAAAGUCGCUGGAACAGAUGUGCGGUAGGACCUUGAGACUCAAGGACCAAGGUGUCCUCACUUUCCAGAGGGAGUGGGGGCUGGUAUACCAGGUGGUGGCGCUGCUCUUGAGCUUGGACAGGAGGAAAAGCUAAAGAGCAUAAUGGAAAUUCCAAUGUCAUUUCUUUAGCUGAAAUGAACUGGUGCAAAGUUUGCAAAUAAAAACUGCUCUUAAAAUG